AUGGAGGCGGAGAAGGAGGUGGUCGGAGAGGGCCCCUCCGUGCUGUUCCUUCACCCGGACCUGGGGCUGGGCGGGGCGGAGCGGCUGGUGGUGGACGCGGCGCUGGCGCUGCAGGCGCGGGGCUGCCGGGUGCAGAUCUGGACAGCGCACUACGACACGGCGCGGUGCUUCGCGGAGACGCGAGGGCUGACGGUGCAGCAGGCCGGCGGGUGGCUGCCGCGCAGCCUGUGGGGCCGCGGGCACGCCCUCUGCGCCGCCCUGCGCAUGGUCUUCGUCGCCCUGUACAUCCUGCUGCUCAGCGGCCAGCAGGUCGAUGCCUUCGUCUGCGACCAGGUGUCUGCUUGCAUUCCUGUACUUAGACUGGCCAGGACUCGUAAGAAAGUUUUGUUUUACUGUCACUUUCCUGAUCAGCUUCUGACCAAGAGAGAAUCUUUCCUGAAGCGCAUCUACAGACUGCCCCUUGACUGGCUGGAAGAGUACACAACUGGCAUGGCAGACUGUAUUGUUGUGAACAGCAAGUUUACCGCCGGUGUGUUCAAGGACACAUUUAAGUCCUUAUCUCACAUAAACCCAGAUGUCCUCUACCCAUCACUUAACAUCAGUAGCUUUGAAACAAUAUCUCCAGCAGAUAUAGCUGACCUGAUACCAAAAAAGAAGAAGUUCUUGUUUCUUUCCAUUAAUCGGUAUGAGAGGAAAAAGAAUCUGGCGUUGGCUCUGGAAGCUUUGCAUGAGCUUCGAGGAAGACUUGAUUCACAUGAGUGGAGUGAAGUUCACCUAGUUAUGGCAGGUGGUUAUGAUAAACGAGUUCUGGAAAACGUGGAGCACUAUGAAGAGCUGAGAAGACUUGCAGCCAAGCUUGGCGUUAAUGACCACGUCACUUUUCUGAGGUCAUUCUCAGAUGAACAGAAAGUCUCUCUUUUUGGUAACUCUGUAUGUGUGCUUUAUACACCGAGCAAUGAACAUUUUGGCAUUGUUCCUCUGGAGGCCAUGUAUAUGAGGUGUCCUGUUAUAGCAGUUAAUUCAGGGGGUCCUUUAGAAUCAAUCUUGCAUAAUGUUACAGGAUUUUUGUGUGAUCCUGUGCCAACACAAUUCUCAGAGGCCAUGGAAAAGAUUGUGAGAGAUCCUCUCUUAAAGGACACAAUGGGAGCAGCUGGGAGAGCCAGAGUUAUGGAAAAAUUUUCCUCAGAAGCAUUUACAGAACAGCUGUACCAAUACAUAUGCAGAUUAACACAAUAAAGUUAUAUUCUCAUACUGUACUUCACAUCUUUUUAUCUCUCAUUUGUACUGGAGACCAGUAUUCAUCAUGACUG